CAAUACGGCCGCUCUGAGAGUGAAGUCACGCGAUCAAAAAACAAGCGAGCUACCCGUACUCCGCAAGCACCUCUGCCCGCAAGCUCGAGUACGCCGAGUCAAGUAACAGAUUCAAAACGGAUUUCAAGAGUGUGAUUAUAGGGAAAGUGAAUUUAAUUAGGGAAAGAUAUAAUUGGAAAAAUUGAAUGCGAGAGGCAUGCUCUCGCAUAAAUUUGGCGAGCCGGGUGGCUCGCAUUUUUUAGCGAAGCGAUUAGAAAUUCCAGAAAUGUGAGGUGCAAUAGAGUGGCUCGCGAUAAAAAGGCGCAGCCAUUUGAAGACUUCUGGCUUGCGACUUUAUGAAAUCAUCAGGUCUGGGGGGUAGGACUAGAGGUGCGAAAUUUGCAUAACGCACACAGUCGGUUUUUCUCCCAUUCAGACCCACAACAACAAAAAACCGCCAGAAUGUUGCCCACCAACGUAAUGUCCUUCAUGAAGAAGAUGGUGGCGAAUCAACCGGAAUCUGGCACGGGAUCCGUAACACCGGAAGAGAGUGGAACAACUUUCAGCAAGUUGAGGCAACUGGGCAGUGGGUUAAUGACGGCAACGGGAAACGUGACAAAAUUGUCUCCGGCCAAGGUUACGCCGGUGGAGGACAUCCAUCCGAAGGAGGAAGUCCCUGAAACAAAACCGGAAAAACCACCAAAUAGUGCCGGAGCUUGCAGAAUAUGCCGCAAGUCUUUCAAACUCGAAGACUUUUUUAGGACAUGCUAUGAGUGUCAAAAUAAGGUUUGCGAAGACUGUGCAUCAUAUUCCAACACCACUGACUCUGAAGACCCGUCAGUGUGGCGUUGUAGCGUUUGUCGAAGAAAACUAGCAUCGAGGGGACAGCCGCUAAUCGUCCCUCAAGAAUCGACAGACUCUCUUCUCGAAGUGCCUGUGCUCGAAGCUCUUCAAAGAAGGCAUAGUGAUGCGAGGUUGGGUUCGCAAACCAUCAGCCAACUUGGGGGACUUGGAACUGGGCUCGCACCACCAAGAAGUCCAGAGCUUAGAAGACAUUCCGAUGUAUCUCCUGCCAGUCUAAAAGAACUCGAGAAGUUUCGAAAGGUUGCAGGGGAGCGUCGUGAGGAGCUCAGGUGGGAAAGAGAAUUGGAAUGGAGGAAUAAAUCCAGAAGCGGUUCUCCGGAUCGUCAUCAAAACGACAGGUCAGAGAGAGGAGAGAGAGGAGAGAGAGGAGAAAGAGGAGAUCGUGGUGACCGGGGUGAAAGAGGGGAAAGAGGAGAAAGGGGAAGAAACACGAGCCCACAGAGGGCGACCAAGCGAACGUCCAUAACAGAGCAAGAAAUUCUAGCAGAUAUCAACCCUGAAGAAGACGAAGAACGUCGACGUCGUGCCAGACGUCGAGGGUCGACAAUGGGAGGAAAACCGAGAGUCACGAGGCAACGAUCUUAUGAUGAUGAAAUCAAAACGGCAUCGAUAGGAAUUGGAUCCGGGCAAUCAACACAUCCCGAUUUUGGUCUAGGACUUCCGGCUCAAUUACCUCGGAGGGCAUCGGCUUAUGAUGUUUUUGCAACUCCUGGAGGUGGUGGUCUUAAUGCCAUGGCGAUCGUAGCUGCACAACACAGAUCUUCAUUUUCUACACAAGGUUCGCGGGAACCGGAAGAGAGACAGUCGUCCCGAAGGCCAUCGAUUCGGGUAGGGGUGAAGCCGGUGAUGCCUUACGAGAUGGGAAAUGACGAAGAGAAGGUUAUCAAUUUGGACUUGGCACAAACACCGGAAGUGGUACCACAAACCUCUCAAUCGUCGAUCCUCGCGCCGGAUGAGGAAAGGCGGACAAGACGCAGGGGCUCCCAGUUACCGGACAUCAAUGCGAUCAGGGGACUUCCUAUGGCACCAGUACCCGUGAAAGCCACUCCCGCUGCAGUCAGCAGAGUAGCCACUGAAGACCGAGACUUACCUCGUCAAGGAAGCCUCGUCGAUGGUGAAGGCAUCAAAAUCGUCAUUCACGACGUCGAUAGUGAAGUUGCUCCAAGAGGAAAUACCAAGAGAAGAGUGGUUUUACGAAGAGAUACUACUAGCGACAAAGGACAUAGAUCUCAAGGUUUUGGAAUGAGAGUUGUGGGUGGAAAAGGUGGGACAGAUGGCCAUUUGUUUGCUCAAAUACUGUUGAUUUCGCCCGGGGGAUCUGCUGAAAAAGCUGGACUGCAAGCUGGUGAUAAGAUUCUUGAGUGGUCUGGAGUGUCUCUUGUCGAUCGAAGUUUUAAGGACGUGGCACAAAUAAUCGAAAGAUGUAGUAGUGACGUUGCAGAACUCGUAGUGGAACACGAAACUGACACUGAUGGGGAUUCUUUUGACGAAGGUGUGAAAUCUUCAGCAAACUUGCAAGCGGACACAGAUACGGACAAAACACCCACUUCGCCGACGCGCCGGAAAUUGCCAAAGACGCCGGAGCAAAUCGCAAAGGAGAGAGAGGUGAGGGGUCGGGUGCAGAUCCAGGUCUGGUACGAAGCUGAAAGAAAAGAACUGGUAGUUUCGGUUUUGGCUGCUGACAAUCUAUGUGUAAGAGAGGAUACAGGGCAUGGAACACCUCCAGAAGCUUACGCCAAAUUAACCCUGGUCCCCCCUUGUGGAGACCACAAUUCGUUAAAGACAGACAUUGCGGGACCUGAUCACAGUCCAAUCUGGAACGCAACCUUGAACUUCACCGGUAUCUCUGGUGAGAAAUUGAUGGAUCGAAAUAUCGAAGUUACUCUCUGGGAUAGACUUCCAGAGGGGGAUGACGUUUACCUUGGGGAAUGCAACGUGGAACUGCAAAACGCUUUCGAAAAUGACAGAGCAGUCUGGUAUCGAUUAGAAGAUCCAAAAGGAAUGCGUAUAGGACAUUCUCGAUCACCACGAGGGUCAUUUUCAACAGAACUCGUACAAAGAUUGAUAAGAAGAGACUUACAACAAAGAAGCUAUAGUGAUGAUACGCACAGCGAAAGCGGAAGUCCUGAACCCUCUCUUCUGCAUCCAGAUCAUGCAUUAUAUGGAACUUCGAGACGUGGGUCGAGCCAAUCAGAGAUACUAGAAUUUGAGCCCUACGAAUUGAGUAAGGAUUACAGCCGAUCCUUGCCAGGAAGUCGCAGAAGCAGUUUUCAGAGUCAAGGACAAGGAGGAGGAACUGAUAGCAAACGUGGAAGUAUUGGCGAAACAGAAAUACCAGUUUACUAUAAUCGAGAACGUCGUCGUAGUUCGGUGGCUCGGCAUGUUAGAGAUCCCAAGGAUAUCUUUGAAGGUCUCAAAUCCUUGCAGUCUACUAAAGGCGAGUUAGGAAGGACUUUGAGUCUCACCGCAGACAAGAGACGCAGCAGCAGGUCUGGGCGGGGUGAUCGUAAAGAAAGUGUUGUGGAACUACCAGAAAAGCUGUUUGACCUUAACUACGAUUCUGAUGAGGAUGAGCGAUGGAGCCAGCUAAUGAGAGGAGACGAUGGCGUUCACCUGAAAUUAGGACCAGGGCAAGUACUACCCAGAGGAAUAAGACUUUCUGGAGCUCAAAAUGGAGAGUUACAGUUGGCGGUUUGUCUAAGCAAAGGUAACUUGGAGGUCGAGAUCAUUUGUGCGAGAGGAAUAUGUCCAACAGACGGGGAAGUGCCAUAUACAUACAUCAAGACCUUUCUUUGUGCUGAAGGUCGGAAACUACAGAAACGCAAAACCCGAGUGCAGCACUCCAGAAAUCCGCAAUACCGAGAAACUUUAAAAUAUCCUCGCUGUGAUGCAUUCGGCAGGGUUCUCCUGGUGAUGCUUUGGGAAAGGAAACAAGGAUUCGGAAAAAAUCAGGGAUUAGGUGAAGCUGAAAUCGACUUGGACAAUCUUCCUCUCACCGAAAUGUCAGUUGGCUGGUACAUCCUCUUUCCAAUUCAUAAUCCUACUUCCCAGAAUAUAGAUUCUCCAUGAUUGAAGGAAAAAUGGACUUUCGAACCUAAAGUACUCGAUUUCAAACUCAGUUUAUUGCUGGGAAACGAGUCUGAAUCAUCUGUCAAGAUUAGCUCUUGGUUCUUAUUAAACCAGUGUCAAAUUCUUUUUCGUUGAGCAAAAUAUUCCUCUUUUCAAUAUCAAAGCAAAUUCUCACCGAAUUAUUUCUAAAAGGACAUUUUCGUUUGUGCUUUCUCUAUAUCUGGUUAUAUUGAAAUGGAGAUUUGCAAAUUACUGUAAAACCUGUCGACAAUCAGUCCCAGAUGAUAAAACCUAAACUAAAAAAUAAAUCUACUCAAUCGAGAAAUUCGAAAAGCUGACAAUCAAAUCUGGUAGGAAAAAAUAUAUACUAUUUGCGAUAAAUCCCAGAAAAAAGAUAACCAGAUUGAAACAAUUUUUCAAUAAUGUUACCGAAUAAUCGUGAAUUUUAAGGAAUAGAAAUAAUACUGCUUGUUGAAUUAAGAAUAGGGAAAAGGAACCAAGAUUGUGUUCUUUGAUUCAAAGCGUAUUUGUCUGAAUCCGUUUGAAACGAAAAGUGAUAACGAGAGAUGUUUAUUUUUUUGCAAGUAGCAAGAGUGUACGAAAAAGAGCGAGAGAAAUUUAUAAAGAGCCAAUCUUGGCUGAUGUAACGAGGGUCCAUUUCUUCCAGCAUCAAAUCGAUUUUAAAGUCGAGAAUCGUUAACAAAGAGAGGCUCAAUUGAUAUCUUUGCAAUUGCAAUUGUACUGGUUGAUCCAGAUUGUGGUUCAAAUGAGUCUCCCUGAAAUCCGGAAAAGUAAAGUCAGAACCUUAUACAUAUAAGUAUUAUCGAAGUAUUUUGGGGGUCCUUUUUCCCUUUAAACAAUACUUUCUUUAGUUUGAGACUCUUUUAGGAAAAUAUGUCACUUUUUCAGUUAUUUUCGAACGCUACUUAUUGACUGUAGAUAACGGAAAUGGAAAUCUUCAAAAUAUUUCGAUCUUAAUUGUCAUGUUAAAAUUUAGAUAGUCGCCCUCCUCGCUUGCUGGUCGAGCGAAAUUUUUUGGGGACGCAAUUAGGGUCAGAAAAUAAAUUUGUGGCCAAUUAUGCAAAUAAUAUAUAGCGAACAAUCGGUGUUUAGGAAUCGCACAAUUUUUGUAGUUUGUAGACUCACUUGCGAAAAGCCGAUUCCUCGGAGGGCCGUUGUAACAGAAUGUAACAGGAUCCUCGAAUUUCUGCAUUUGUCUGUGUUACAUUUAUCCAGACAUUUGUCCAGACCUCUUUUCUAUGCUACUCUACCUCCCCUUAUCCAUUUUUUACUCUCUGUCAUACAAUAUUUCAUACAAUAUCUCAUUAAGGAAAUAUCGUUCAAAAAAUCUCUAACUAAAUAUUCGAGGAAAAAUUUAUCUGAAUUUUUAGAAACAACUUUCACCACCUUUUCACUGCGUGGAAUGCGUUUUUUAUGUAAAGCAUUAUUUUUGAGAAAGAAAGAGAUUUGCGCUCAUCCCGCCUAAAAUGAUAGAUUAUGAAGUCGAGUAUAAUGUUUCAAAGUUUAAACGUGAUAAAUUGUUCAUAGAAACUACCAAGUAUAUAAUAAUAAUACAUAAUAAUAGUAGUAAUAAUAAUUUUAGCAAUAUUAUAAAUUAAAUGAUAAAUAACUAUUAAUACAAGGAAAGUAAUAUGGACAAAUUAGAAAAUGUGAUUCUGCAUAUUUGCAGUAAAAAAAUAAAAAUUCAUUGGUGGAAAUUAAGAAUUGUCAAUAACUUUACGUCAAAGUGAAGUUACCAGAAAGUAAUCGUUUGUUUAUUUAUAUCCUCAAUGAACUUCUAAACUUAUAUAUUAACUUCUACCGACUGACGUUUUGCAAUACUCCAUUUAAAAUUUUUUUAUCAAUUCUGAUUUAGUGAAGAAUUAUUCAACUACAUAAAAUAAAUUAUAGCAUUAUUUUUAACAUUUUAUGGUACAUCUAUACUGGGAAUUAUCUUUCCUGAAAAUACCUAAACAGAAUUAACGGCCUAUAAAAAUUAGAAAACUAAGUAAUAACGACGCUCCUCUCCAACGAAUGCAGACGUCUCUAUAUGUAUAUUUCUCUUUCCGAAUAUUUUUUAACUUACUGAAAUUUAGUUAAAUAAAUAAGUAGACUAAAAUCGUCACAGUGUACCAAUUCUAAGCUUAUGAAUAGUCAGAGUUCUUCCUCAGAUUCUACUUGGCAUUACGUUCUAAAAAUAGACUUUCUUAAACCAAAAAAUCAGAGUUCAUAUUCCUUGAGUGAAAAUCGAAAUAGCACUAAUUUUCAUGAUUUACAUUAUUUUCCCAGGGACAAGAAAGUCUCUAAAAGAAUUCGAAAGGUGAGAAAAACGAAAGAUUUUCUCAAAGUAAAUUUGAUAAAGAAAAAUUUAUACGAGUCUUUCAGACUAUAAAAUUAUUCUUCCUUUGUAAUUGGAUAAAAAUGCUUCAGAGCAAAUAAUCUUUAAUCUAUAAAUUUAAUAAUCUGAAAAUAUAAAAUUAAACUAAAAAAAAUCAUAGGAAUAUUAACAGUAAAAUCUUUGAGAUAAAACCAUCUAUAAAAUACAUGUAUAAAUAGAAGUACUUCUCUAAAAAUGAAAUUCUGAUCAUUCUUUUCUCAUCGGGAAAUAAAUUAAUUAUAAUUUACCGCAUUAUCAUUUUCUAAGACAAUGGUUGUGAUGAAGAUACUCAAUUCCUGUUCGCGUUCAUAGAGGAAAAAUAUAACUAAUGAUUUUAGUGCAAUCGACAUUUUCUAUACAAAAAAUGGCCUAUCUCGCGUCUGCAUAAGUUUACGAAAUAUUUUAUCUACCUUUGACAAUCGAUCUCUUAGAUGCUCUUAAUAAAUACCUGAUACGUUAAAAAUAAAAGUGAAAAUUAUAAGUAUUGCGUAUAAAUGAAUAUAUUGUACAUCGUAAAUAAUUGCGUAAGGCAAAUUAUAUACAUAUACAAAUUAUUAUCCAAACCGUUUACAAGCGAUCAAUCACGCAACCUGAGCCAAAAGGUUAACAAUAUUGUUAAAUAAUUAAUUAAUUAAACAAUUAAUUGAUUAUUUAAUUAAUCACAGCAAUUAUACAAAAAUGUUAUCUAUGCAACAGCCUCUUCCCUACAUAUCUGUGUUGUAAUUUGUUCUAUAUGUGACAAUCUUGAAAAAAAAAUCUAUUCGUGAAUCGAACAUCGAAUAGAUCGAUUCAAAUAACUACGAAAACUUACAUAAAUGCGCACUGCACAGUGCAUGAAAUUAUGUGUGCGUGUGUCCGACAAGUCAAUUUUUGAGCGUAAUUAAAUUUCUGUGUAAAAAUUUCACACGUUCAGUCGGUUUGUGAUUUUAGUAUUUUGUUUCAGCCUUUCUGGUAUUUUAAUUAUUUUAUAUUUAGAAAUCAUAAAUAUUUUUUUAAAUGUAUAUAAAAAUAAUUAAAAAGAUAUUUUUUUGAAACUGAGAUAAAAGUUUAACAAAUUCGUUAUAACUUCUGAAGAAUAGUAAUAAAUCUGUAGGAUAGUAGAAUUUUAAUAUUUUUCUUGAUGAUUCUGUGAAACUCACACACACUUUAGCCUCAAUAUGAAUAUAAAACACAAUAUGUUGAAAAAAAUUCAAUUUUUUUGCCAUUGUCGGACAGACACUUUUGACGUUAAGUUUGCAAAUUUCACGAAUUUAAAAAGAAUGUGUAAUGUAUAAUCGAGCACAUCAGGCGGCGAGUGAUCUAAAAUUAAGUAUAAACUUCAUGUGGGUGAUGUUUAAAAAAUCGAAAAUAUAAAUAAAAAGUACAUUACCAGACAAAAAA